GAUGAACCGACUCGGGGAGAGGGAGAGAGGGUCUUCUGCUUCCUCCCCUCCGCCUCCGACUCCGACUCCUCCCCCAAAUUCGGCCGCACUCAUCCAAUCCAUCGAUCCCGCCGCCCCGUCCCCGUCCCCGUCCCCUCCUCUUCCUCUCCCCUGACCCACCAACCCGCGCCCAACGCCCCGCCCGCGCGCCCGUGCCCUAGACCCCUCGCCGCCGCCUCGGACCCCCCGCCUCCCGCCGGCGGCGCCGUUCCCCUUCCUCCCCGCCGCCGACUCUUCCCCCGCUGGGUUUGAGGUACGAGCUGGCCUGACAUACGCGAGUUCUUGCUUUGCCUUCCCGGCACGCCGCCUAGAUCCGCCUGAAGAAGAAGCCCUUUCUUUUCUUUUCUUUUGGGGUUCGAAUUCAGCUGAACCCACCCACCAGGUUGGUUAACCCUCUUCCGUGCCCGCGCCUAGGUGAAUUGAUCGACUGCCAAGGCGGAUUCUUCCGUACUGAUUCACAAUGGCGGAGGAGGACGACGACCAGCGCCUGCUGCACAGCCUCGGCGUCACCUCCGCCAACAUCGACGACAUCGAGAGGAAGAUCCUGUCGCAGGCGAAAACCGACCCGAAGAAGGGCGACGCCGAGACGCCGGGGCCGACCGCCACCGGUGACCAGGAGAGUAGCCUGACAACGCCUCAAGAUGAUGCUCAGGCCAAACUGCACCAGAAACUGCGCUCCGUGCAGCUUGAGAUCGACGCUGUGGCUUCCACGCUCGGAGGGGCUAAACAAGCUGCUGGAAAGAAAAGCGGCGGCGGUGGCUCGGGUAGCGCUGAUGCUGAGGAUAAUAAGAAGAAGAAGAAGGAGAAGGUGAAGGAGGAGGAGAAUGCUGAUGAAGACGCCCCUCGUGGAGGAGCCCUCCAGCAGGCGCUUGCCGCUGAGCGGCUCAGGAGCCUCAAGAGGGCUAAGGUGCAGAUUCAGCGAGAGAUAUUGCAGUCGGGACCUGGCCCGUCCGGGUCGGGCAACCAAAAAGACAAGAUGCUGGCAAUGCUGGUCGAAGACGAGCCGAGGCGGAAGAAGUCACUGAAGCCGCCUGGUGGGCCUAAGAAGAAGUCGCCGACGCGUCGGUUGAAAACCGUCACCUACGAUGAUGACGACGACUUCGACACAGUGCUCGAUGGAGCUUCUGCGGGGUUCAUGGAGACUGAAAGGGAAGAGCUGAUAAGGAAGGGUUUGCUGACACCGUUUCACAAGUUGAAGGGCUUUGAGAAGCGCGUUGAACGCCCUGGAACUUCUAGCAGGCAAAAUGGCUCUGCAGAACAAGCCGAGGAAACCAUUGAAGCUUCCAGCAUUGCUAAAGUUGCUCAGGCAAUGCAGAACAUGGCACAAAGCCGCCCAACUACCAAAUUGCUUGAUGCGGAGUUCUUGCCUAAGCUGGAAGCACCGACUGCUCCGUUUCAAAGGCUUGGAGUACCUCUAAAACGCCCUGGCCUUCCCAGUUCAGAUGAGCGGAAAAACAAAAGGCUAAAGAGUAAGACCAAGAGACCGUUGCCUGGCAAGAAAUGGAUGAAAGCCAAUUCAAAGAAGGAGACAUUAUUGGAUGUUGCAGAUGAGGAUGUGGGAGAUGCAGCCGCAUCAGCUUCUGUGUCUGAGAAUGAAGAUGAGGUAAUAGAAGGUUCUGAUGGGUUACCUCCAGUCAUCCUUGAAGGUGGUUUAAGAAUUCCUGGCUCAGUUUACACACAGCUGUUUGACUACCAAAAAGUGGGAGUGCAGUGGUUAUGGGAGUUACAUUGUCAAAGGGCUGGUGGAAUAAUUGGCGAUGAAAUGGGCUUAGGAAAGACCGUGCAGGUCUUAUCAUUUCUUGGUGCUUUGCAUGACAGUGGUAUGUACAAGCCUAGUAUUGUUAUCUGUCCUGUGACCCUUUUGCAACAGUGGCGAAGGGAGGCCAGUAAGUGGUAUCCAAAAUUCAAAGUUGAGAUCUUACAUGAUUCUGCAAACAGUUCAAGUAAAAAGGGCAAGAGAUACAGUGAUUCUGAGAGUGAUGUUUCUUGGGAUAGCGACCAGGAAGAGGUUACACGUAUGAAGCCUGCACAAAAGUGGGAUGACUUGAUUUCACGUGUUGUAAAUUCAGGGUCAGGUUUGCUUCUGACUACAUACGAGCAGCUAAGAAUCAUACGGGAGAAGUUGCUUGAUGUAGAAUGGGGAUAUGCUGUAUUGGAUGAGGGUCACCGCAUAAGGAAUCCUAAUGCCGAAGUAACUCUCGUGUGCAAGCAAUUGCAGACUGUGCACAGGAUAAUUAUGACAGGGGCGCCUAUCCAGAAUAAACUUUCGGAACUGUGGUCUCUCUUUGAUUUUGUGUUCCCUGGGAAAUUAGGAGUCCUUCCAGUGUUUGAGACCGAGUUCUCAGUUCCAAUUACUGUCGGUGGGUAUGCUAAUGCAACACCAUUGCAAGUGUCCACAGCGUACAGAUGUGCUGUUGUCCUGCGUGACUUGAUCAUGCCAUAUCUUCUUAGGAGAAUGAAAGCUGAUGUCAAUGCACAGCUUCCCAAGAAAACAGAGCAGGUUCUUUUCUGUAGUUUAACUCAAGAGCAACGUGCUACUUAUCGUGCAUUCCUUGCUAGUUCAGAGGUGGAGCAAAUAUUUGAUGGUAACAGAAACUCCCUUUACGGGAUAGAUGUCCUAAGGAAGAUAUGUAAUCAUCCUGAUCUUCUUGAGAGAGAACAAGCCGCUCAGAAUCCUGACUAUGGGAAUAUUGAAAGAAGUGGGAAGAUGAAAGUGGUUGAGCAAGUACUUAAAGUCUGGAAAGAUCAAGGCCAUCGUGUUCUUCUUUUUGCUCAGACCCAACAGAUGCUUGACAUUUUGGAAAACUUCUUGACUGCCCGCGACUACCAAUAUCGUAGAAUGGAUGGACUUACACCUCCAAAGCAAAGAAUGGCACUCAUUGAUGAGUUCAAUAAUACAGAUGAAAUUUUCAUUUUCAUUCUGACAACAAAAGUUGGUGGAUUGGGUACGAAUUUGACUGGUGCAAACAGGGUUAUAAUAUUCGAUCCUGACUGGAACCCUUCGACAGACAUGCAGGCCAGGGAACGAGCAUGGCGAAUUGGGCAAAAAAGAGAUGUGACAGUUUACAGGUUGAUCACACGUGGGACGAUAGAGGAGAAAGUCUACCAUCGACAGAUAUACAAGCAUUUUCUCACAAACAAAGUACUGAAAAACCCUCAGCAAAGGAGGUUCUUUAAAGCCAGAGACAUGAAAGAUUUAUUCACAUUGCAAGAUGAUGACAAGAAUGGUUCAACUGAAACAUCAAACAUUUUUGGCCAACUGUCUGAAGAUGUGAACAUCGGUGCUCCAGAUGGCGAGGAGCGAGGCGAGCGACCUUCAGCUUUACCGACCAGCGCAGAGGCUGAACCAUCUGUUGAUGGAGAUGGGAAAUCAGACCUUAGAUCUGACCAAGCGGAUGAAGAAUCCAACAUUUUGAAGAGUCUUUUUGAUGGCCAGGGCGUUCAUAGUGCUAUAAAUCAUGAUGCCAUAAUGAGUGCUAACGACGAUCAGAAGCUGCGGCUAGAAGCAGAGGCUUCACAGGUGGCACAAAGGGCAGCCGAGGCUUUACGCCAAUCACGGAUGCUCAGAAGCCGUGAUGAUUUUGCUGUUCCCACAUGGACAGGAAGAGCUGGUGCUGCCGGGGCACCGACCUCUGUCCGCAGGAAAUUUGGGUCAACACUCAACACCCAGCUGGUCAGUUCUUCGCAGCCAUCAGAAGGUUCAAGCAGCAGCAGCAGGGUUCAAAGUCUUCAGGUGGGCGCUCUACAUGGCAAAGCACUGUCCUCCGCCGAGCUUUUGGCUAAGAUGUGUGGAACGCGAGAGGGGGCAGCUUCAGAUGCACUGGAACAUCAACUCAGCCUGGGCUCCACUUCCAACCAGAGACCAGGCUCGACAGAGAACGGACGCACAUCUAACUCUUCUUCUAGCAGGAACAUGAUUGUGCAGCCUGAGGUCCUGAUCCGCCAGUUGUGCACCUUCAUACAACAGAAUGGUGGCUCCGCCAGCUCGACGAGCUUGACGGAACAUUUCAAGAACCGCAUACAGCCCAAGGAUAUGCUGGUGUUCAAGAACCUGCUGAAGGAGAUAGCAACCUUGCAAAGGGGCGCAGGCGGCGCGACGUGGGUGCUGAAACCCGAGUACGGGUAAAUUUGCAGCUGUAGUUCAUGGGCGCAAAUUUUUGAUUAGGAGUAGAUUCUCUCAUAAAAUUCAUUUAGAUAGGAUGUUGAUACAGAGAUUGAUAGUUUUCUCUUAAAUCCUUCGUUUGGCUGACAGAUACAGUACUUUUCUUUUGCAUGGAAGAGAUGGCACAGAAAUAUUAAUUAGGUCACGGGUUCUUUUUCUCCCCAGUUAAAUUAGUGGUUUUCAGAAGCCCUUGCCUUUUAUCCUGUUUUGGUGUACAUGUUUACUGGGAAACAGACUGCAAUCUGAAUUUACAAAUAUUGCUUUC